UAUUUAUUUUAAAGCUAUUGUAUUCCUCCGAUCUCAUUCUCAAGCCGCCUUCUUCCAAUCCGCUGCUUCGCCCUCUUUCCUCCCGUCCGCCGCCGAUCCGUCGGCUAUGGACUUCUCCUCGUUCUCUGUCAGUAAAGAGCAGGCGAUGAUCUACCGGGACUGGUUCUCGUUCGCCGAUUCAGAUGGAGACGGCCGGAUCACGGGUAACGAUGCCAUUAAGUUCUUCGCCAUGUCCAACUUGUCUCGCCCUGACCUUAAGCAGGUAUGGGCAAUUGCAGACGCUAAGCGCCAAGGUUAUUUGGGAUUUAAGGAGUUCAUUACAGCCAUGCAGCUUGUGUCUUUAGCACAAGCAGGAAGUGAAAUCACUCAAGAUGCACUUGCUCAUGCAGAUUUGGAAAAAUUGAAUCUUCCAAUGAUGGAAGGUUUGGAUGUUUUGCUCACUAGAAAUAAACAAUCACAAAAGAGAGUUGAUUCUGAGCUAGAUGUGAACUCCGAGCCACAAAGUCCUCCAGCAACAUUCCAAUGGUUCAGUUCGAAAUCAGCAAAGAAGAUACCAUUGAGCUCAGUUACUUCAAUUGUUGAUGGUUUGAAGAGAUUAUAUAUUCAAAAGCUGAAGCCUUUGGAAGUUACCUACAAAUUCAAUGAUUUUGCUUCACCCCUGUUGACAAAUAGUGAUUUUGAUGCUAAGCCUAUGGUUAUGCUCCUGGGUCAAUAUUCAACUGGAAAAACAACAUUUAUUAAACAUUUACUAAGAUCUAGCUAUCCAGGUGCUCAUAUUGGACCAGAGCCUACAACUGAUCGGUUUGUUGUUGUUAUGUCAGGAUCUGAUGAAAGAACUAUUCCUGGGAAUACUAUAGCGGUUCAUGCUGAUAUGCCUUUCAGUGGACUUACCACAUUUGGAACUGCUUUUUUGUCAAAGUUUGAGUGCUCACAAAUGCCAAAUUCGCUACUGGAACACAUCACAUUUGUUGACACCCCUGGCGUACUUUCCGGAGAAAAACAACGAACUCAACGUAGUUAUGACUUCACUGGCGUUACAUCAUGGUUUGCUGCAAAAUGUGAUCUUAUUCUCCUUCUAUUUGACCCCCAUAAGCUUGACAUCAGUGAUGAGUUCAAGCGUGUUAUUAGCUCGUUGCGUGGUCAUGAUGACAAGAUACGUGUGGUUCUCAAUAAAGCUGACCAGGUUGACACGCAGCAGCUUAUGAGAGUCUAUGGUGCAUUGAUGUGGUCACUUGGAAAGGUUCUGAAUACUCCUGAAGUAAUGCGCGUGUAUAUCGGUUCAUUCAAUGACAAACCGGUAAAUGAAGCAGCUGUUGGUCCACUUGGAAAGGAACUUUUUGAGAGAGAACAAGAUGACCUCCUGUCUGACUUGAAAGAUGUUCCUAAAAAGGCUUGUGAUCGCAGGAUCAAUGAAUUUGUAAAAAGGGCUAGAGCAGCUAAAAUUCAUUCCUAUAUCAUUAGCCACCUCAGAAAUGAGAUGCCGGCAAUGAUAGGUAAGGCAAAGGCUCAACAAAGACUAAUUGAUAACCUGGAAGAUGAGUUUAGAAAGGUUCAAAAGGAAUAUCAUCUUCCAGCUGGGGAUUUCCCCAAUUUGGAGUAUUUCAGAGAGAUUUUGAAUGGUUUUAGUAUCGAUAAGUUCGAGAAGCUGAAACCAAAAAUGAUACAAGCUGUUGACGAUAUGCUAGGGUACGAUAUUCCAGAACUACUAAAAAACUUCAGGAAUCCAUAUGAGAGAUGACUGCUCUUCCUGAGAGAUAUUUCUCCCCUGUACCAUAAAUCCUAGGAGGGUAGUAAGCAACAAGAAGAGCCUGAUGGGGCAUGAGUUAUUGAGUUCUACUCGAAAGCAAUGAUAUGAGAUGUUUGAAUUGCGAUGUAUUUAUUACCGCGCAAUGAACUAUGGAUGAUCACAGCUUAUUAUUCAACGUUUAUGUUCUGUUCGACAA